UCCGUGCGCGGGGCGGGGUCCCCGCAGUUCCAGUAGUUCCCCUCGCGCGGGGCGGGCGGUGCGGGGCUCGGCAGCGGGCGAAGGAAGGAGGCCCUAGACGGCGCCAUGUCGGCGGGCGGCCCGUGCCCCGCUGGAGCCGGAGGGGGUCCCGGGAGUGCCUCCUGCGGCGUGGGGGUCUCCCCCGGCGGGGUGUCCAUGUUCCGGUGGCUGGAGGUGCUGGAGAAGGAGUUCGACAAGGCCUUCGUGGAUGUGGACCUGCUGCUGGGCGAGAUCGACCCGGACCAGGCGGACAUCACUUACGAGGGCCGGCAGAAGAUGACCAGCCUGAGCUCCUGCUUCGCCCAGCUCUGCCACAAAGCCCAGACCGUGUCCCAGAUCAACCACAAGCUGGAGGCACAAUUAGUGGAUUUGAAAUCUGAACUUACAGAAACCCAAGCAGAGAAAGUUGUACUGGAGAAGGAAGUACAUGAUCAGCUUUUACAACUGCACUCUGUUCAACUUCAACUUCAUGCUAAAACUGGUCAAAAUGUUGACUCGGGUACCAUUAAGGCAAAACUGUCUGUCCCCUCUGUGGAGGAACUGGAACGAGAGCUUGAAGCAAACAAAAAAGAGAAAAUGAAAGAAGCUCAACUUGAAGCUGAAGUCAAAUUAUUGAGAAAAGAGAAUGAAGCCCUUCGUAGACAUAUAGCUGUUCUCCAGGCUGAAGUUUAUGGGGCAAGAUUGGCUGCCAAGUACUUGGAUAAGGAACUGGCAGGAAGGGUCCAGCAAAUACAGUUGCUAGGACGAGAUAUGAAGGGACCUGCUCAUGAUAAGCUUUGGAACCAGUUGGAAGCCGAAAUACAUUUGCAUCGUCACAAAACUGUUAUCAGAGCCUGCAGAGGACGUAAUGACCUAAAACGACCAAUGCAAGCACCACCAGGCCAUGAUCAAGACUCUUUAAAGAAAAGCCAAGGUGUCGGUCCUAUUCGAAAAGUUCUCCUCCUCAAGGAAGAUCAUGAAGGCCUUGGCAUUUCAAUUACAGGUGGGAAAGAACAUGGUGUUCCAAUUCUUAUUUCUGAAAUCCAUCCAGGACAGCCUGCUGAUAGAUGUGGAGGACUACAUGUUGGAGAUGCUAUUUUGGCUGUUAAUGGUGUUAACUUAAGGGACACAAAGCAUAAAGAAGCUGUAACUAUUCUUUCCCAGCAGAGGGGAGAGAUUGAAUUUGAAGUAGUGUAUGUGGCUCCUGAAGUGGAUUCUGAUGAUGAAAAUGUAGAGUAUGAAGAUGAGAGUGGACAUCGUUACCGUUUGUAUCUUGACGAAUUAGAGGGAAGUAGUAAUCCUGGUGCAACUUGUAAAGAUACAGGCGGGGAUAUCAAAGUGUUACAAGGAUUUAAUAAGAAGACAGUAACUGAUGGACAUGAAAAUGGAGACCUCGGUGAAACUCCACUAGAGGACAGUGCUUCUAAGUUAGAUGAUCUGCACAGUCUUUAUCAUAAAAAAUCCUAUUAAAUUGACUGUCUCCAAACAAGAUUGCUAAUGAGAUUAUGCUGAAUUUGGGACACUAGGAAGACAGUGACAAAGACUAUAUUUACAUAGUUCAAGGGAGGCUGUUUGUUGCCUAAGUGAAAGGCGGUACCUCAGGGCUUUGUGAGAACAAUUCUAAAUGCAUAAAACUUCCCAUUUUCCGUGGUAUACCCUGACUAACUAUUGCAUGAAAAACAAUUUGCUUUUCUUUAAAAUUGUAAAAAACUCCAAAGCAUGUUUCCCACAGGUAUAUUUCUAAGCUCGUUAGUACCAUAUGAAGCACCACUGUUUAAUUUGGUUCCUUUUUUAUUUAGUAGAAGGACAGUGUUAACUGGAAUUUUAUAAGAAAUAACCUUGAAAUACAAGAGAAUAAAUGGAUUCUUGUUAUGUAUUCCAAAAUGUUAAGUGUGCUGUUUCAAAGGACAGAAUUUUCUUGACUUAGUGAAUUACAGAAAUGCAGGCUUCAUUUUUUUUUUAAACUGAAAGAAUGGUUUUGGUUUUUAUUUUUACAUUUUUAUUUUAUAUCCUGAUAUCUAAAUCAGUCCUUAAUGGCCAUUAUAAUGAGUUUUCCUUUUAAGUUUAUUCAAUGCAGUACAAAAUUAUUUUAAGAAGUCCUUAAUCAAUGCUGCACUAGAGAUAGUUUUUGAAAAGUUACUGUGCUUUAUACUUGCUGUUUUUUUUUUUUAAAGAAAUACAGAUGUCAGUGUAAAAUACCUGUUCUGAAUUAUGUUGAUCUGUAUGCAUGGUAUUGGAGCAUUAUAUUAUAUUAUUAAUGUUUAGUCUUAAAUGUAUUUUUUCAGGGCUGCAAAAAAGGACAGUUUUACACAUUUUGAGUCAUUUAUAAAGUUUGUCUUGUAAUAAUCUUGGCACUUCAAGAUAACUUUUUCUGGCAGUGAAAACCCAAAUUUAUUACUGUGUCACAAAAUGUUACUUUCACAUAACAGUUACCAGUCGAAGUAAACAAGUUGGCAGUCACCUAUAGAGCUGAGGCACCAUAUGGACAAGAUGAAUUGAAGACAUUUUGAUGCAGUAAUGGUUGACUUUUCUUGACAAUAUUUGUUGAAGGAAGGAGUGAUAGUUUGCCAUUAUCACAGUCUUAAAGAAUGUAUACAUAGGUUGAAGGGAAUAUUAAAUGGGGAAAGCAUACAACUUUUAGAAUAUUAUCAGUAUCUUCAUUUUAAUAUAUAGAUGCUAUGUGAUAUAGGACUUUUUGUCUUAGAUGCACUAUAUAUUUGUUCAUAGAUAAAUCUGUACAAUGUAUAUACUUUUUGGUGGUUUUGUUAUUUAUAAAUUUUGUCUCAACUAUUGCUCAUUUACGUUUUGUUUUGAAUGUUGUUUCUUUUUAUGUAUCACCAAGUCAAUUUGUAAUAGAAAUGCACUUCAUAACCUAUAUUGUUAUUAAUAUUAAAAUCCUUGUAGCAUUA